CCCUUGCUCAGUUCAUUCCCAGCAAGGACACAAAUGUGACAACUUAUUGCGCUCUUUUAGAAAACAAUGUGGAAAAACAUAUGGAAUAUGGUGUUCCUGGUCCUGAUGGUGUGGAAUCUGUUUGUGACCACUGACACAAAGCACACCAGUAAAGAAGGAAAGUCUCGGAGACGAAAACUGGAAUCACAUCCUCGCCGGAAAGGGUCAUCUGUCAAAAUUUCCCCAGAUCCAAUGAUGACUGGUCCAGAAUCAGGCGUGAUGCCUGGUGCUGUUGAAACAGACUUUGAUAAGAGUAUCGAGGACAUGGUGUCCCAGGUCAGAAAUGAUCCCAACUUAACCAUAAGCAAAUGUGUGGUGGACCGCAAAAUGUGGAUGUCCAAUAGUCGCAGCCUCUCUCCCUGGUCCUACAGAAUCAAUCACGACGACAACCGUAAGCCCGUGGACAUCCCAGAGGCCGUGUGUUCGUGUGUGGGAUGCAUCAAUCCUUUCACCAUGCAGGAGGAUCGCACCAUGACCAGCGCCCUCAUCUACACCAAGAUCCCCGUGCGCAGACUCCUCUGCCACCGGCCUACGAAGAAGCCGACGAAGAAGAAGACAUGCGUUCCCCGUUACAGAACCGUGGUGGAGAGCAUCGCCGUGGGGUGCACGUGCAUCGUGGGCUAGCUGAGUGCAUUGGAGGGACCUUCACGUUUCAACCUGUUUUAUAGCCUACUGCAAAUGAAUCCGGAUCCAAUUUGGCAUAUAUGAUUUUCCAUGUAACAAAUAGUGAAGAAUACAUUUAGUGAGCUCAAUAAAUACAUGUGAGUGCACAUUUUAUUUAAGAUUUUGAACAUUUAAUGUCAUUACUUGCACUGUGACAUUGCAGGCUAAAAAUUUUUUAAAGAUAUUUGGGCAGUUUUUACAGUUUUUCUCAAAACUGUAUACCUUUUCAAUCUUCACAUCAUUGUGUCACUUGUGCAUAUCAAAAAGCAGUUUCUCAUUUCUUUGCUUUGGUACAUCCAUGCAAAUGAUUACGAACAAUUCUCUGCUGUCCCUUACAUUAUUAAUUGCUUAUGUCACUUUGAUCAAAAUGUAUUAUAAUGGGUCUCUGUUGAAUUGUCUCACCCCCACAACAUUUAGGCAUUAGUUUCUAAGUCUUUACAUGCAAAAUGGUUGAACAUGUUGUCAUAAUAUGCAUGUUGUACAGGUUUCCCUAUAAAGGAGAUUGUCCUGUUCACAUUUCUUUCCUUUCUGCAUUGCAAUGACAUUGUCUGUCAACAAAUUACAGUAAAACAGUAAAAGCGUGAAUCUUGUCCUGUCUCUUGCAAUCAAACUCCCACAAUUAACAAUAUAUUCUCAUCAAAAUAUCAAUAUUUUACAUCAGAACAUGAUCCCUCCAGUGUAGACUGUUAUAUUGACAACUUGACUGACCAUUUUGCAAGAUGUAAACACUGGCCCAGAAACACUUCCUGUUUCAGUUUGUAACUG